AGCAACGGGCAGUGCUUAUAUAGCGUGGGAAUAGUGUGUGCUUUAUAGUGCUCUGCGCGCGCCCCCAAGAGAGAGAGAUAGAGAGAGAGAGAGAGAGAGAGAGAGAGAGAGAGAGAGGGAGAGCCAUUGGCACAGAUAUGUUAGCGGCCGGUGAAGUAGUCAUGAGCUGCUACCGUUGCUCCGUGCUUUCUACCUUGCUGUGCUGUUCGAUGCUUGUCAUCCUUGGCAUCAAUGGAGUAAGCACGAGAUCGCACUCGUUAGUGAAACGAUACGGCGGCCUUUACACGGGGCCCUACAUCGACACGCAGAACGUGACCAACGUCACCGUUCAACUUGGCACUCACGCCUAUCUACCCUGCAGGAUCCGACAGAGCGGUAACAAACCGGUAUCAUGGGUACGAACGAGAGACGCUCACAUAUUGGCGGUGGACAGGGUAGUGUUCAUCGCCGACGAUAGGUUUCAAUCUCUCUACUUCGAGUCAACCAACACAUGGUCACUAUUAAUCAAAUAUGCACAAGAACGGGACGAAGGUGAAUACGAGUGCCAGAUAUCGACGGAGCCUAAGCUCAGCCAUACGGUUAAGCUCGUCGUCGUCGUGCCAAAGAUCGAGAUACUAGGUGACAAAGAUAGAUAUGUGAAGAUUGGCAGCAUGGUAGUAUUGCAGUGUUUAAUCAAGCACUCAUUGGAGGUACCGUUCUACGUGUUCUGGUAUCAUCAUGAACGGCAGCUGCAGGAGCGUAAAGGCAAGAUGAGCAUACAGACACGACUGAUCGAAGGCAGUAAUGAUACCUCCAGCAAUCUUACCAUUCGAAACGCUGGCCCCGAGGAUUCUGGCAACUACACCUGUCGGCCGAGCAACCUCGACACUGCUAGCAUUCAACUGCACGUUCUCAAUGGGGAAUAUCCAGCAGCAAUCCAGCGUGGCAUAAGCUCAAUGCCAGGUUGCUGUCGUUUCCUGUGCUGGUUCGCUGGGGCGCUGAGCCUGACGGCGGCGACGAGCGAGUACGAUCGCGGCCGAGUCUGCGGUCUGCUGUUGGUAGGCCUCGCGGUCGCUGCAACCCAAAGCUAUCUGCCCGCUAGCGGCGGCCACUACCAUCUGGCUUGGCCACGAUGAAUCCUUCCCCUCAAGACGGACAGUGUAGCAGAACGAGAUGUGCGCGCGUGCGCACACGUGGCAAAGUGACGCGCGUACCACGAGCAUUUAUACAUACUUAUAAAUAAACGACACUGCCAGAAAUUAUGUACGUGCGAGGAAUCGCCCCCCCCCCCUGAAUAUCGCGAUUGGCUAUCGAGAGUCCAAUCGUCUUAGCGUGCACUGGAUGAGAUGUUUAUUUUGUAGCGUCGAUGAUCGUAACUUUUCACGGAGAAUUGUCGUACUUUGCGACUCUUUGUACUUGCCUGGAUACGACCACGUUAUAAUUCGAACAAUUACUCGUCAAUUCGUUCAUCAUAAACAUUGGAUAUUAUGUAUUGGAAAGACGACGGCUGGCCAAUAUGUUCAACAUACUUACAGUAAUGCUCGAUAAACUGUGUUGCUUUCAAUAAUGCUAUUCAAAGUGUACGAUUUAACGUGACUUUACUGAAAUGCAUCCUGUACGUCUUUCGAUUUUGAAUACGUUUUGCGCACCAUUAAUUUUGAAUUAUUCCGGCAUGCUUCACGAUUACACGCUCGUAAAUAAAUUACAGGAUGUUCAACUGCCUGUAUUAAAGUGUUAAAGUAUACUAUAAUUGCCGAAGAAGCCUUGCGACGUGUAUAUAUAUUUUUUUUAUGAGAACAAUCUCCGCAAUGCAUAGAAAAUUUACGAUCAUAAAAGUUUAAAUUGCUCCCACAGAAGCGACACAAAGAGCUGACGAUUCGCUCGACGUGUCCGAAGAAAGUAGCACCGACCUCUGAAAGAUAAAAAAGAAGCUCGGUUGUAUUUUCUUUCAGGAGGUAAUAAAACAAAGGAAGAAGAGCAGAGCGAGAGAGAGAAAAAAUAAUAUGUCGACCGAAUUCGCUCUUUUAGAGUCGCUUCACGCUCGACUACAUGUCGAGUGAUUUAGAGGAAGUUGGUGUGCGUGGUGUUGCUCGGUGAAAUAUGACUACCGCGCGCGCUUAUAUAAGUCGGUUACGCGCACUUUGGCCGAGGGCCAGAGAGAGAGAGAGAGAGAGCGGCUGGAUUUUGGCUACCGUUCGAAAUGUUCGUACUGGGACUGAAACUUACCGAGCGAGCGACGCGCCGAAACUUGUGUGUCAACGAGAGAAAACGCACGUAUUUAAGAUAUUUAAGAGUUUUCCUCUCGCAUUCUGGUUUCGCUUCCCGGAGUCACGUUUCACCGAUCAAGCCAACCCUCCCACUGACAACGUAAUCUUUCCAGUGCACGCGCGAGUUAGAGAGUAAUGAGGGAAAUAAGAAAAAUAGAACACUUAGUGUCCCGCGAAGAUGGGAAUCUUCCGGAAUACUUUGGAUACGCUGUGCGAAGAAAAGCAAACGUCCGAUAUUGCGUAUUAUUAUGUGUGGCGAAUGUUCCGCCUUCUGUUUUUAUAUCUUCUUUUGUGGAUUCUCAGGGUGCUCUAAACUAUCUUGUCACCAUCUCUCCCUUUCUCGUGAAAACUCUAAUCGAAAUUCGCGCCCGGCUGUGCGUCCGUGACGGGAAACACGAAUUUUCGCUCCGCGACGAUCAAUUUAAACUCUCGAUAUCUCGAGUGCGAGAGAGAGAGAGAGAAGUUGCGGGUGGGGUUAUCGCUGCGCUAAAGUAAUCUUCAUCUCGAGACUUCUACAUCCGGCCGUUAUUGUCGUUAGCUCGAAAUUCCGAUUCGCGGUGGCCUGCGUUUCGUUUACCCUCGCUACUUUCUUCCUUUUUUUUUCCUUUGCGCGUGGGUGGCUCGUAAAGGGCUUUAAAUGAAACUCGUUGCAGGUGGACUGUUGCGAAUGGGUAUGAAAAUGUAAUAUAAAAACAAACUCUUUUUGAAUCCGAACUGGAAAAUGAAAUUCCACUGUCAAAAAUAAGAAAAAAUUUGUAGAAUCGAAAAGUCCAAAAGCACUUCGACGCUGAAGAAAAUCAAAGUUCUCUUUUCAAUUUGCAUUUCAUAGAAUCCAAUCUGCCGUACUCACAUUCCAGAAAUUUUCCAAACCUAGUAAUACGACAAAAAAACCUUUCCAAUCUUGGUGAGUGGUCAUCAACACUUGGUUAAAUUGAUAGAAAAAUCAGCUACGGAACUUCAAAGCUCUCGGAUCUUCAGUUCUAAUUGCGGGCGCGCGAGUACGCGCAAAUGAACAGAAAAAAAAAACUGAGCUUUUACUCCAUUAAAAUCCUCGGGCACCUUCAUUUACUCGGACAAUCUCGCAGUCGACGACGCCUCUGGUCGCGCUCACUAAUCAAUGAGAUAUAGCAUAGCUGCGGCGCUCUAAAAAACGGGUCAUCGUCGAUUUUUUUUUUUUUUUGUUCCCUCAUCCAGCAAUCUACUACCUCUCCUCGUUUGCUUUCUUAUCGACGCUUAAACUCACUCGCUUUCUCACCACCGCAAAUUGCUCGCGGUAAAUAAACGUUGAUUUACGGGCGAUGGAUUUGCUCGCGAUAACGAGACUUCAUAUUCGGACGAUUAUCCCAGGUGUGCCGCUUCUUUUCGGCUUUUCUCGCUACUGCUAAUCGCGGUAGCGAGGUGAGAUCGAGACGGCGUGAUUGACGCCGACCGGAUUUUCGACGGCUAAUGUAUGCACGUAUAACUUGGCGAAAUCGAUUUUGCAAUUAAGCGACGACGCCCAGACGACGCGACGUCGCGAUUCUUUAAGACUCGGCGAUUUUGGCAUGGAUAGUGGCGCUCUUUCAGAAAAAAGAGAGCUUCGUGAGAAUCGAACGAAUGGUUUAUUUUGAGAUUUCGCAAUUGGCCUGAUAUAUGUCUUUUUCGCGAAAAACAACGUAAAACGAUUGUUUACGUGAUAUAGAGAUGUGAUAUUAUAAAAUAUUGAAGCUGUAUUUUAUGUUUUCUCGUUUUUGUAAAAAAAAUACUCGAACUCAUCUCGAUAAAUGCUAACUCGAUGGUAUUCGAUUCGAUAGCGAUACGGUUAUUCAUGCGAUCGUGUCGCGGUCGAUUACUCUACUCAAUUUGAGAGUUUGGUAAAACGAAAAAUAUUACGUGCAUUAGAUUUUUUAGGUCAAAAUUCGAGGUAGUAUUUUAUUGUUACUAUACGAUGGAAUGAAGGUAAAAGUGGUUAGGAGAAAAAAUUCGUCCAAAUCCUCCAAACAAGAAUUGAAACUCGUUCGAUGAAUGCGAAUAUAUGGAUUAUUCAAAUGUAUAUGAUAUAUUGAUAUUUUGUUAUCGUCCUCCCAAAAAAUAAAAAAAGGUAAACAAAAUGUAAGCUCGUCGUGAAAAGUUCACUGAACUACUUUCCAAAGUUGUUUCUCGAAAACUUUGAGUAAUAGAUUGUCUUAGAAAAAACUUGUGAAACUGCAAGUAUUUCAUAAAAUGCUUCGUUUCUUUUGAGAAGAAAGAAAUAUGAAAACUAUGAAGUGAACUUUAUUGAUCGGCGAAAUACUUUGGAUAAAUCUUUAUCAAAACUUUGUUAUAUUAUUGAGGUGUUUUACAAGAUAUAUGUAUACACAUGGAAAGAAGUACAAAGUUCGUACUGAGCGUUCUCUACAUUUGAAAGAAGGGAAUUGUAGGAAAAUUGAACGGGUUUCAGCUCUCCAGUGUUAGAGGAUGAAUAAUCUAAAAGAAAUGACUGUUUGAAAGAGAACAGAAGAACGUAUAACGCGUAAUUUAAGGGGGUGAAGUGGAAAAUUUUAAAAGACCCAGUUAUAAAGAAAAAAGAGGAAUCAGAAAAAUGCUAAAACAAUAAACAUGAGAAAAGUCGCAGUAGCACAGGGACGAGUAAACUAGACGAAUGACAAGAGGGUAUAAAAUAACUUGCGAGUCGUGUGAUUGUCUGUAAAUAGAUAGCAUAUAAGUAUACAUACGUUAAUUAUUAUAUGCAGUAUGUGUUACAUUUAUGAAACCUAAACAUUAUGGUGUAACUUUUGGAUCGUAAGGGCUUUUAAAGCUCAUGAAUAAGGCGUAUUUUAUGAAAAAAAAAUAAGAAAAAUUUGUGGCUGUCUGACCGCCUGUGCUAACUGAUCACGUAUUAAGUUCGAUUAAACCACUGCAGGAUUUUUGGAUGUUUGCGAUAGCAAUAUCAGGACAUAAAUACUGCUAGACUAAAAAGACUUUUCUCAAAAAGAAUUUCUCAUCCGAAUACUUCUUGCACGAGGAACAAAUUGAAUUCUACUUAACGAUAGUCACGUUGUUCCAAUGGAAAUAAAACAUCACGCACAAGGUAUUAACGUUCUACUUCUGCACCUUAUAGAUACAUUUGCAUUUAUUCUACUCAGAUUUGUAGAUUUUAAAUAAUAUCAGAUUUCAUAUCAGUAAAUUUUACUUACAUUCAAGAAUUUUCUUAGACUAAAAAUAGAACAAUAGAAAGUAUAAAUGAAAUCCGUAAGUUUUACGACAAAUCAAUAAAAGUGCACAGACAAAACAAGAAACACCAACAAAUAAUCUAAAGAAAUAUGAAAGACGUUAGCACCGGACGGUCACACGCUUGUGUACUCGUGGGCACUCUACUCAUCGCGUUUUAGGUGUAACUCGUUACAGACAUACCGACUAAUUUAUCUGCCAACCGCAAAGUCUCGCAGACGAGAAACAUAAAGAAAAACCAAAUUAUUAUUGUCUGAUAUAUAUAAAAAAAACUUAACCUGUAACCCAUCAGAACAAAUUAUACAAAUAAAUAACGAUUGGCAUUCGUUAGAUUGACGCUGUUUACACAAAUGAAAAAGAAGAAAAAAUUGCGUUGGUCUAAUGACGCAUUUUAAAUGGAGAAAAAGCUGUUAUAUAUAGGUGAAAAUGAAGCUAAUAAUUGAAUUGAAGGGGUGACGUGAACUCUUCCGGUCAGAAAAAUCCAACGAUAGGCAAUACUUGUCUACGUCGUAUGUUUCUCGUAGACAAGUAAUAUAUUAGAACGUGAACGUGAUUCUCGUCACUCCUUUAAUAAAAAAAUAGAUAAAUAAAUAAAUAAAUAAAAAUCGUUUAGAAUAUGUCGUAUAUAUACACACUACGUAGCAGCAGCAUUGAAUUUUUGUACCAAUGUCUACUGUAGCCCUUAAGCAUCGCGCCUCUUCCCACUACGAUAAAAAAUAAAUACGGACGUGCUAAGCUCCGACCGCAUAGAGCUUUUAUUUAUCCGUCGAU